CAUGAGGUGGGAAAAAGAAGCUGUGACCCUUUUGUGACUCAUUGCUGCUUUCCGGAAUCAGCUUGUUUCCAGCUUCGAGUUGUCAUUUGAUGCCCGUUCUGCUGCCUGCAGAAACAGCUCGACAUCAAACUGUGUGUUUGGAGUACAGGAAGAAGCAAGUCAUGUCCAAACCUGACUACUCUGGUACUUUUCACAUGGUGGAACAGGAGAACAUGGACGCCUACCUCGCAGCUUUGGACAUCAAUUUUGCUCUGAGGAAAAUCGUGUGUCUGCUGAAGCCCACCAAGGACAUCAGCCACGAUCCCGCCACAGGGACCAUGAAGAUCCGCACGCUCACCACCUUCAAGAACUUCAAUAUGGACUUUGCCAUCGGACAGGAGUUCACAGAAGACCUGGGCCCCGUCGACGGUCGGACGUGUCAGACCACCGUGAGCUGGGAAGGGGACAAGCUGGUUUGCGUACAGCGAGGGGAGAAGGAAGGCCGUGGUUGGACGCACUGGCUAGAUGGCGACAAGCUGCAUUUGGAGAUGAGAGUCCAAGGCGUCGUUGCCAAGCAAGUUUUCAAGAAGGCCAAUUGAAGUCUCUGACUACAGUGCCCUCCAGCCCGCGAAUAGCAAAUUUCCACAAUGAAUUGACUCUCCCUUGAAAGUGAUCAUUGCCUAUAUUCAUAGCUUAAACCAACAAUAUACAACAAACUAUGAUCCCAAAACAAUGUAAUAUUAUUUCAAAUGCUUACAAACAUCUUCAAACAUUGCCGUAUCCAUAAAAAUCCAGUAAAAAGCUGACAGCCAAGCACACAGCCACACAAUGAACAGAGUCGGUACUCCCAGCGACCCACCUGCUGUUACAGAUUCCGCUGGUUUGGAUGCCGUGUUUAGUCCUAGUUUGGCAAAACUAUCGUGAGCCAAAGCGGACAAGGGCGCCGCCAUGUACAGUAUCCAUCCUCGCCCGCUAACUGUCAAACACAACUCUAACACGGCAGCUGUUCGAUUUGCGAUUGGAUGAGCAUCACGAUUACAAACCGUUUUUAUGACCAACAUUAACUGUUCUUUGUCUUAACUAAAGAGACGCUUCAGAUAAAUAAAUAUCAUACACGCGGUUGAAAUUAUUUUUUCAGUCCUUUUUUUUUUUUUUUUUUUUUUUAACCAUGUUACAGAAAAUCAUGUUUUUAUCCACAAAUAACAGAGAAUGUGUGGCUCCAACUACCGUAGACAAAUUCCUUGUGUUUUUUGGACAUACUUGGCAAAAUAAAGAUGAUUCUGAUUCUGAUUCUGAAUAGGUUACCCCCAAAAUCUGCAAAUAGGUGAAUUUGCAAAUGCCACACUGUGAAUAUGCGGGGUCCACUGUAAACUCUUUAAUCUGUAUAGAAAAUAGUCUAGGUACUUGCAUUUUAAUGUUUAUAGACAUAAAAAAAAAAAGAAAAAGUCUCCUGAAUUGUAAUACAAUAGUGUUUAAUGAUUGUGUGUGAUGGUAUGAAUACCAGAGACCAGAAAGAAGAAAGUAGAACAGCUUUAUGUACAUUUAAGUUCUGUAUUUGGACAAUUUUACCUUUAUAUGCCACCACAAUAGAUUUGAAAUAAAACAAUCAAUAUGUGAUGGAAGUGUAGACUUUCAACUUUAAU